AAAGCCCUGACUUGAAAUUUCUUAAAUUGAAAAUUGUUCUAAUAAUAAUUAAGAUUAUGAAGGUUUAAACAAUUGAUAAUUAUAGUAAAGCUAUAUAUUUUAAAGCAAUCAUCAAAAGUUAUCAGCUGACAUAAAGGAUAGAUCAAAUAUCACAGCUGUUUUUCUGAAAAUUCAAUAAAAGAUAAGCCUGAAAAAUGGAUGCAUUUAAUACACUUUUAUUCAAUAAUCCAGUCAGUCAGAAAAUCAUUGGAACAACAAAGAGCAUCUUGUUUAAAAAUGGCAAUGGAAGUACAGAGAUCAAAGAAGUCACUAAAACUGUAGCUAAAACCGUCACCGGUCCAGCUGCUUUAUCCUUAUUUGAUCAAGGAGGACGGUACUCGAGCAUCUUCAUUAGAUUAGCUGGAUUUUCUGGAGCUACUGCUGUCAUUUUAGGCGCAUACGGAGCACACAAGCCGUGGGCUAAAGAUCCAAAUAAGCCAAACCGUGAUCCAAAAGCAAUAUUUGAAACUGCUAAUCGCUACCACUUCUUUCACUCAAUUGCAUUAUUGGCGACUCCAUUAACAAAACGUCCAUACUUAACUGGAUCUUUGAUGUUAGCUGGCAUGACACUUUUCUCUGGAACCUGUUAUUAUGCAGCUUUGACUAAUGAUGAGCGCUACAACCGACUAGCUCCGUUUGGAGGCACCUUACUCAUCCUUGGCUGGAUAUCCUUGAUGUUCUUUUAAAACGAUUCAUUGUAACAUCACACUGGACUCUAAUUUUUAAAAAAAAAAGUGGAUAUGAUACAUUUUUGGAAAAGUUUCACAAUAAGUCUUCGGAGAUGUCUCAUUUGAAAGCUGACAUCAAUACGAGAUGAUUCCCUAAGUUUUGAGU